AUGGCCAGCAGACAGCUCCGCAAGCUCCGCAAGCAGCAGGAGCUGCUAAGCCUGCAGAAUGAGACUGGCGACAGGAGCGAUGAAUCCGACGACGAGCUCAUCGUGGCAAAGCCUCGUGGCAACAUGUUCUCGGGCUUUGCGGCUCUAGGCGAUGCCGGUGAUGAUGGCGAUGAUGGCGAUGAUGGCAGCGAUGGCGGCGACAAAGGGCGCAAGGAGAGCGAGUCUGACGAUGCUGCGUCUCCCCCAGCGCAUCAGGAGCAGGCCAGCAGGCAAGAAGAGCCUGCCAAGAAGAGCAAGAAGAAGUCGUCCAAGAAGAAGAAGAAGAAAGGCAAGCAGGCCGAAACGCCAGCUCCAGCCCAGGAUGAGCGCGAGUCCGUGGACGAGAUUGACCGGGUGCUGGAAGAGCUCAGGCUAGAAGCGCAGCCGCCGGGAGGCCCGGCCAGGGGCGCGCCAGCAGCAGGCGAACCGACCAACGGGCUCAACGAGCUCCUGCGCAUCAACUUCCAGCAUCUCAAAGCCGUGAACGAGAUGCGUAGGCUCUUUGGGAAGGCGAUGGAUGUGGCUGAAGUCGAGGAGCGGACGCAGGACAGGCAGCAUCGGACACUACCACAACAUAUGGACCUCGAAACCUUCCUCAGCGCUCGGGCAGCCCAUCCCGGCCUGGGGCCGGGUGGCAACAAGGGCAUGUUCGACACCGUCCUGCGCGCAAACCCAUUCAUCGACGGCAAGAAAUCGUGGCCCCGCAGCACCGCCCAAGGGCUGAAGAUGGUCCGCAUCACAGAAGCGUCGUCCGGCGAAGUGGAGUUCGCCUACGCCCACGACAAGACAUACGAGGACUUGGAAGCCAGCUUUUUCGGCCUGGUCCAGAUGUACGACCCCAUGCAGAUCGUCUACUUCUUGCACCGGUACCCGUACCACGUCUCCUCGCUCAUCCAAGUGAGCAAGGUCGCCAGGCAGGACCAGAACUCUGCGCUCGCAGCCGACCUUAUCGAGCGCGCGCUCUUCACGUUCGGCCGAGCCACCCUCAGCGAGUUCCGCAAGAAACUGGAAAAGGGACAGGCCCGGAUGAGCUUUGCCAGGCCCGAGAAUCGGCAGUUCUACCUGGCCGGCCACAAUCUCAUUCAGAAGCUGGUUUUGAAGGGCACCUACCGGACGGCGCUGGAAUGGGCCAAGCUCUUGCUGAGCAUCAACCACAGCGACCCCUACGCCAUGAUCAACUGGAUCCACGUGCUCGCCAUACGCGCCCGCGAGGCACAGUGGUUCAUCGACUUCUGCAACUCGGGCAUCCUCGACAGCGAGGACGACAACGCCGAUGGCAAAAUCCCAGCGGGCGCCUAUGCUAAGCAAACCCUGCCGCUCGCCUAUCUCCAACUCAAGGACCUCGAGACCGCCAAAUCCACGCUCAUCAAGGGCAUGGAAACCCUGCCCUGGGUCUACUGCGCCCUCUUCAGCGCGCUCAACCUCGACACGCCCAGGUCCGUCUGGGGCAACCAGCCGCGCGACAUCGACGAGCAGCUGCACACGGAGCUCUACAUACACAUGGCCAAAGACCUCUGGAACACGCCGCAGACCAUAUCGCUGCUCAAAGACGCCGCCGCCGCCGCCGCGCGGGUCGACGACCCGUGGGAGCUCCCGCGCGGGGCGCCCGUCUCCCUCGCCACGGCGCGCUUCGUCUACCUGGACAACACGCCGGCGCUGAUGGUGGCCGUGCCGCGGCAGAUGCUGCACGCGGCGCCCAACUUCGACUUCGACCCGCUGCCGCCGCCGCUGGCCGAGAACGUCUUCUCCAGCGAGGCGCAGCGGCGGCCGUGGCUCGCCGUCGACCACGACGCCGCGCGCGCCGCCUUCUUCGCCGGCGCCGGCCGCGAGGCGGACGAGAUGCGCGCCGCCGCCGCCAGGCUGAUGGAGGAGCUGCGGCUCGAGGUCGAGGAGCGCGAGGAGCGGCUGCGGGGGAGGUUGGGGGGAGGAGCAGGCGAGCAUGGCGGCGGCGCUGGCGGUGACGUUGGGGAGGACGACGACAUCGGGGAAGGUCCCGACGCGCCGCAGGACCCUCGGGACCAGAGAGGCGGCGCCGAGCAGCCGGAGGGCGAUGGUGGGCGCGUGCGGAGGUUUGUGCGGCUGCCGCCCGAACCGGGACUGCUGAAUUACCUGUCGUACCUCAUGAACGGGACCGAGAUGGAGAUUGUGGACCCCGACGAGGAGUUUCAGGUGCCUACGGGUAUGCCUGGCGGCUGGGGCCAAGGGGAUGGUUGGGAGGAGGAAGAGGAUGAUUGGGGCCAGGACGAGUUUGAGGGCGUCGAUGAUUUCGAGGGGGGCGGCGGGCACGACGAGGAGGAGGGCAGUGAGCGUGGUGAGGAGGCGGCCGGAAGGCAGUAG